UUUUAAAAGCCGGGUAGCUUCGCGUUUCUUUUAUUAGGUGCUUCAAUCGAUAUAUCUAUUAUUACAAAUAUACAAACCAUCGUGCAUGAAGUAAGCCUGGCUUAUGCUGUCAUCCGAGGAAUUUUGGAUUUCACGGACGUGGAGGCAUGUUGGAAUUGGUUCAGUGAUGUAAAACUGUAAACAUGGGCAGCUCGGCAGGGAAAGAGAAACAGCCCACGGAAAAGGGAGAUUCCAAUGAUAAUGUCGUGCAAAAGAAGACAGUUUCCCCACCAAUCUCUCAGUCAAAACCCAAUGGAAAUUCGGAAACAGUACAGCAAUCAGAACGUGUUUUGCAGAAAAGGAAAACGGAGAAUGGGGGUCAAGAAGUGGUUAACAAUAGACAUGAGCGACCCAGGACCAGUAAAGAAAGGGUUCAAAUGCAAAGGGAGAAAACUAUAAUGGUACCAAAGGAAAGAACUCCAAAGCUUCAACGACAAAAAACGAGUGGAUUUAAAAGAGAAAAGACAAUGGGAUUAACAAGACAAAAGACGGUGCUCAAUGAUAAAGCCUUGAAAGGAAAGAAGCUGACAAAAACAAUAUCAAAGGAACAUAUCACGCCAUCAACAUUAAAAUCUGGCAUGAACGCUAUUCUUUUGGGGAGUACAUCGGUGGAUCUUCCGUCUACAGCCAAAAUAGUUCGGAUAUUCACCAGCAGUACAUUCAAGGACACAGAGAAUGAAAGAAAUAUGUGGAUGACCGAGGCAUAUCCCACAAUCAAACUGUUUUGCCAGAAGCUUGGUUACGAGUUUCAGGUGGUGGACAUGCGCUGGGGAGUCCGAAAUGAGAGUGUAGACGAACACAAUGGUACAGAGAUGUGUCUACGAGAAGUGCAACAAUGUCAAAGGCUUUCAACGGGGCCCAACUUUGUUUCCCUUCUGUCACAUCGAUACGGAUAUAGAAAUCUACCAAGAGUGAUAGAGGCUUCCGAGUUCGAGAAGUUGGUAGAAGCUGUCGACCCCGAGCCCAAAAAGGUCCUGCUCAAAUGGUAUCGCCGUGACGAGAACUCUGUGCCGCCGGUUUAUGCUCUUACACAAAUUAGCAAAUUUCUGCCUGAUUUCUUGUCAACUGAUUCUCAAAAGAAGAGAGAAGCAGCAAACCAAUUCUGGAAAGAAAAUGACAUCAUGCAAGAUGCCUUAGAAAUGGCUGCUAAUCAAGUCCUGGGACCGGAAGAUGCGCGCAGAUACGUUAUAUCAGUCACAGAAAAGGAGACACAGAUGGGGAUUUUGGAGGCUGAAGAUCCAGAAUCUCACUGUCUUUGGUUUAGAAGAAGAAUCAAAGGCAUUGAAGAUUUGGAACCCAGUACAAUUGUUUCUCAUUAUAUAGACAGCACAGGCCCUGAGGAAAAAUGGAGAAAAAACAGAGCUUUACUAAAAGAGCUUUGUGACAACAGGAUUCCAGAAGUUCUUCCUGCUAAAAAUAUACACCAGUAUGAAGUGGAAUGGAAACAAGGAAUCAACUCAAGCAAUCCAGAUCACAAGAAAUAUUUAUCAAAAAUGACUUCGGAUUUUACGACAAGAAUGUGCUCCAUGAUCCAAGAAGCGAUUGAAGAACGAAGAAAGUCGGAGAAAGGGGACUCUCUGAUCCAGGAGAUCAUCAAUCAUACAAGCUUCUGUAAAACCAAGCUGGAAAAUUUCCACGGCAGGGAGAAAGCGCAGGAGAGAAUAAAACAAUACCUGAAAGACAAGAGCUCCAGAAUUCUAGCCAUUCACGGAUCUUCCGGUAGUGGAAAGACAACUCUCAUGGCAAAAGCUGUCGAAAUCUCAGCAAAUUCUUUGCGAAAAACGAUGAAUAAGACGGUGGCUGUCGCUUUCAGGUUUGUUGGAACAACCCCUGGUAGUUCUAAUGUAAGCGCUCUUUUGGAGAGUCUCACAAAACAGAUUACAUUAAUAUACCAAGAAGACCUUAAAGUAUCAGAGGAGCUAAGAGAACUUGUUGAACAGUUCGAGCAUGUGCUACAUUACGCAAGCGCAGAGCUCCCUCUGGUUGUGAUGAUUGACUCAUUAGACCAGUUGGAUCCUGCUAACAAUGCCAGAAAUCUCUUCUGGCUUCCCCAGGAGCUUCCCCCUCAUGUUAAAUUAAUUGUUUCUACACUGGAAGAGGACAUUUAUGAAUGCUUUCCAAAUCUUCAGGGCUUCCUUCCUCCAGAAAACCUCUUCUCCAUACCAAAGCUUCCAGCAAAUGACGCCAGCGGAAUUGUAGACCACUGGUUAAAAAGCAAAGGCCGUUGUAUCACCAAAAGACAACGACAGAUACUAUUGCAAGCAUUUGAAAAGUGUCCCUUACCGUUGUAUCUGAAGAUGUCUUUGGACGAAGCCUGUCGCUGGAAUUCAUUCUCUCCAGACUCGGAAACUGUUUUGGAGAAGACGAUUCGAGAAAGCAUUAAUGCUCUUUUUCAACGUCUUGAGAAAUCUCAUGGAGUUCUGAUGAUGUCACGAUCAAUGGGUUACCUCACUGCAGCUAGGAAUGGUUUAUCGGAAUCUGAAUUGGAAGACAUUUUGUCAUGUGAUGAUGAUGUUUUGAAUGACGUAUACCAGUACUGGAAACCACCAAUUAGACGCCUUCCCCCUCUGAUGAUGGCAAGACUACGGACAGAUCUUCAGCAAUAUCUUGUGGAACGGGGUGCCGACAACGUAACUGUAACCAGCUGGUAUCACAGACAAUUUCUGGAAGCUGCUGAAAAUAGAUACUGUCCACCAAACGAUAUUACAUUCCUUCACAGCCAACUUGCAGAUUUCUUCGACGGAAAAUGGGCCAAUGAAAAGAAACCAUACAAAGACAAGGAUGGGAAGAAUAAUGAAGAAAUUCGCCAUGUGAUGUCACAACCUUUGAUGUAUGGCGACACCUACAAUCUCCGAAAGCUGAACAAUCUGCCGUAUCAUCUGAUCCAUGCAGGGAAUGUUGCAGCUCUGAAAGAAAAAUGUUUAUGCAAUUUUGAGUUUCUUCAGCACAAGCUUUUGGCGACUUCCUGCAGAGAAGUAAUAGACGAUUUCGAUCUAGCAAGGCGUUCAUUUCCGAAAGAAAAGGACUUAGAAUUGAUUGGAGAAGCUUUUCAACUCUCAGAAGAUGACGUCAUCUACGAUCCCCUUAUGUUUCCAUCGCAGAUGAUAGAUCGACUUGCUGAUGAAAAGAUUGUAAAAGAUUUCGUAACACAAUGCAAAAGCUGUACUCAUCCUCAUAUCCGUCCUAACCAAGAGGUUCUAAUAAAACCCGGGGGACAGAUGCGCUGUGCUAUGGCGGGCCAUAGGGCAUCACUGAAGUCGCUAGACCUGAAGCAGGACGGGAAAACGGCGGUUACCUGUUGUGAAAUUGGUGAUGAUGAAAUUCGAACUUGGGAUGUGACACGUGGGAAACUUAUUCGUACAUAUGAUGGAUUAGGAGACAACCCCUUUUCAGUUCACUAUGUAAACAACGACAAUUUCAUAAUGAUAAACUACAUAAAUGUCAUAAAAACAAUCAACGAAUUAGGAGAAGUAAUAUACACCGUUCAACCUCGUUCUCAACAACAUUCACUUGUCGUGGGUGGAACCGGAAACACGUGGUUAGGGUUGUUCCAGGAGCAAAUGGUUGAAUUAUAUGAUGCAAAAAGCGGGGAAUUAAAACACAAGGUUUCUAGCAGCAAUAUGUCGGAUCUAAAUUUUGGUGUCGAUGGAAUUGCGGUGGUUAGACCUAGUUAUAAUUCUAAUGGUUCCAACAAUUACAUGGUGGUGACAGAUUCAACUCAGCAACACAUUUCUGUGUUCAGUCUGAAAAAGAAGUCUUUCGUAUGCACGCGUCAAGUGUUUACAGAUAACGAAAAUGGUGACCCAUACACAGUGGACGCCAUGGUUAUUUCAGCAGAUGAGCGUCAAGUAUGUUAUUGCGAUUGCUUCACAAAUGACCUUCACAUUGCAGACAUUAAUACUCUAAAAGACAACAAGGUGUAUAAAGGCAAUGAAGAUGAUUAUACCUUAAAUUAUCACGUUUCCAAAGACGGAAAAUCUUUGUACUGUGUGUCAAAUAGAGAUAUCUUGAUAUGGGACCUGAAAUCUGGGGAGAGGAAGUACACAUUACAACAUUCUUGCUACGUUAUUGACGCUAGGACCGUGGAUUUCCGAACAAUGGUCACAAUUACAGAGGAUAAAGUUGUCUAUGUUUGGGAUAUGACUCGUCCGGAGAAAAAAGGACAUAAGGAAAAAUUUAACGUUGGUCAUAACGUUUGGAACAUUAUCACCCUUCCUAAUAGUCGUUACGUAGCAGCGCUUUUCAAAAAGACGAGCCAGUCUACGAAUGACUUUGGUCUGAUAGUUUAUGACCUGGUGGACAUGAAAAUUGUUCGACAAGCAAACAUUAUGGAAACACCGGGUGUGUUCGAAUUGAUUGAUGAUGAACACAUUCUGAUGAACAUGGGGAGCAGUAAGAUUAAGAUAGUCAAUAUAAAUACCAUGACAGUGGCGCAUACAUUUCAAGGAAAAAUCCCAAAAGUCGAUGACCCACAAGUCUGUGUUAUUUCUGAUCAUAACAAGGUAGUUAUGCAGACCAAAGGGUCGAGUCAUCUUAAAGUCUAUGAUAUCAACCACGAGGAAACGGAAUGUAUAAUCAAAAAUCCCCUCUCUAAUGAAAGAAUUGAGAAAAUAUACACAAACAAUAAAACUUUGAAAGUUGCCGCUUUGACAGACUACAAGAACAUAAUUGUUUUCAACAUAAGAGACAAGACAACGGAAGUGGUCACGGCGGCUGACGUUAAGGUUGAUGAGCUCGGAGAAAUCGUGGCAGUGGCCUCUUGUGGUGACAAUAUUGUCUUAACGGGUGCAAAAAGUUUUACAAUUCACGAUGAAGUGACUGAAGAAAUUUUGGGUUAUAUUUGGAACUCUAAGAGCGGAAAACUAGUAGCAGAACUCCACGAUAAGGAAUAUCAGAUUAAUUAUGUGUUGAAAGAGAAUCAAAGAGGGUUGUCAAUAUCUGUAGAUGAUGUCAUGUUUAUAACUGACACGUGGUUUCUGACGUCAGACGAUGAUUACAUCAUGCGGGUUUGGGAUAUAAAUACCGGCACCUUGAUGAAGAGACUAACAGGUCACGAGUCAAACAUCGAGAUGUUUUCUAUUACUGACGGCCCUUUAUUUGUGUCUUAUGGAUGUUGGGAGGAAGAAAACGCCAUUAAACUUUGGUCAACUGAAAGUUUGGAAUGCAUUGCUUCGUUCAAGUUAGAUAGUGCGUUUGGAAAAUUAAGGCUGUGCAAGGACGGGUUAACGUUCGUGACAACAGAAAUCAAUCCCUCACGUAUUAUUCACUGGAAGUUACAUGGUGUAGAGGAAAUUGUGGACUUGUCCAAACUUCCCAAGAAAUUUGGUGGAAAGGUUCUGGAAGUAGACCUGGACCUUCAGUCAGUAGAGGAUUAUGAGGAUGAUCCUAAUGAUCCUGACACUGAUAUAGAGGUUAAUGAUGAUGACGACGAUGAAGAAUUCGAGGAAUGUGAUGAGGAGAUAUGAGAGAUUUUUCAUGGUUCAUCUCAAGUGUUAUUCUUAUGUCACAAACAGAUAUUUCUUCCAUACCUACCUCCAUACCUAUACCUCGUUGUCCGAUAUUAAGCUAUACAGAGGUUGUGGUCUCUCUUAUUGUAACAACAAUUGAUGAUACUAAUCAUCUUUAUUAUGUUUAUUAAAGAAUAAAAAAUCAGAAAUAAGGCAAAAUAAGUGACUGAACUUUGUAUAUUUUC